UUUAAAGUGACAUUCGUAUAAAAGUCAGUUUGACAGCUGUCUUGGCAAAUUUGAGGUUAGACAAUUUUAUCAUCGUCUCUUGUGAAUUUGCUUUUGUUUCGCAAAAUUUGAGAUAUUAGGUUUUUCUCUAACUUCAACGUUAGUCGCUGCAUUACAUAACUAAAAAAACAGCAAAAUGUCUCAAGCUCCCGUGCGUGUAUCUCCUUUGAUCAAAUUCGGCAGAUGGUCCUUGUUGAUCCUCGGCAUUGGUUAUGGUGCUUUCCAUCAAAACCGUUUGUCCCACAAGGAAGAGAAGGUGCGCGAAAUUGAAGCCCAACAAAAGGUUAUCCGUGAUGCCAAAUUGGCCGAAGAAAAGAAACGCAGCGCUGCCGCUGAAAUUCGUGCCUUGGAGGAAUUGUCUAAACCUACCAAGAAGUAGUAAAUUCACACUUUAAUGUAUUUCUUAAAAACUUUAUUUAAAUUAAAUAACUCAUACUAAAAAAAAAGCAUAAUUACCAGCAAAUAACAUUAUUGGAUUUUAAAUCUAUACAAGAUGUUGUUGCCUGUAAGUGUAGUGUAUUCAUGUCGGUGCGUUUUUUAAACCACAAUUUUUUCUUUAAAAAAGAACAAAUCAAUGUGCAGCCACUGUUGAAUUUUAAGAAUAAAGUAAAAACUGAAUGCGAUAAAAA